ACAUUACAACAAAAUCAAACAUGGCGCGCGUACACACGGUUCCGCAAAUUUUACAUUUUUUCCUUUAUUUCUCAUUUAUUUUAUGUUGUUUUACUGGUUUUGUGAGUGCCAACCGCGAGUUAAAUGAAGACAAUUGGAGGGAAAUCCUUGAGGGAGAAUGGAUGGUCGAGUUCUACGCGCCAUGGUGCCCUGCCUGCAACGCGCUGGCCCCGGCAUGGCGCGACCUGUCCACCCGCGCCACUCGCAAGGCCCUGGGCGUCAGGACAGCCGCCGUCGACGUCACCAAGUCGCCUGGACUGAGCGGUAGAUUCGUCGUCACUGCGCUGCCUACUAUCUUCCAUGUAAUAGACGGCGAAUUCCGUCAAUACAAAGGUCCUCGCGACGUGGAAUCCAUGCUGGGCUACGUGGAAGACCAGCGCUGGAAGCAAACCGACCCCGUGCCGGCGUGGAAGGCGCCGCACUCCGUACAGAUGACACUGGUCGCCGAGUUCUUUAAACUCAGUCAGGCGCUCAGGAGUGUACACAAUAUGUUGAUGGAGACGUACGGCCUACCGACGUGGGGUUCCUACUUAAUCUUCGCACUGGCCACCAUAUUCAUUGGAGCACUGCUUGGACUGGUCCUAGUAUGUAUAAUCGACCUGCUAUACCCGCCGCGUCGCUCGGACAAGGUGUUCGUAUCACAGAAGGAGCUCGACAAACGCGCGCGAGGAGACCAGGAUGCUAAGGAGAAGUCUGAUGAUGACCAGGAGCUGAUCAACGAUGACAUAGUGGACGAUGACGAGAACGCCAACAACAGCGAUGCUGAGAAGAACUCACCCAGCGAUUCAUCCGAAGAAGAGAAAGAGAAGGAAACAGAGGGCGGUGGUGACACGAAGGCAGCGGACCCAGUGGACCGACCCGAGGUUCGCAAGCGAAGGCCAAGGAAAGCCGACUAGAGUGCGUAGUACACACCUACCCGCCGCGGGUUCAAUUACCAGCUCAAUACAUUCCCGGCCAACUACUGAGAACUUAGUCUUGUCAUGUUAUGUUUUACGAUUUAAAGUUGGGUUUGAUUCUGUUAGUCAACAUUUUUGGAAUAUCAAAUGUUCAUCAAACAUAUUCAAAACACAAGUAUUAGUUGGUUAGGAUAUUGUUAAAACAUUACAUUUUAAUUUAGCCAUUUCGGAUAAUUAUGAGAAUUUACUACAAAAUUUUAGGUUUUCACGGCCUUAGAGGUCGAAAUUACGUAUGUAGGGUCAAAGGCCUAGUAGAAUGAAAAUAGACCUUAUAGAGGUCUAAUAAAGUCUUUAGUUGUUGAAGGCGAUUCUAAUUUAUCUUGAAAAAACGAAGGGAUUGUUAUGAGCUUAGAAUACUUUAAGUAAACGUAAUAUAAA